GUGCCCCACUAGCGCCAUCUCUGGGUUGGCAUUAUGCCCAUUAUCUUAACAACUAUGUUACCUCUACCAGCGACAACAAUUAACGUUUACUAUGAUACCUCUACCAGCUGAGUCCAGGUUGGAUUAUUGAUGUUUCUAAAUGUUGAAACAGAGCUUCGGGAUUGUAGUUUACAUGGUCCCACCGGUAAAGGGUGUUUAUAGCUGAGAACCUUUGUGAUUUGCAUAAUGCCUUGUUUAAUGCCUUGGGUUCUCGAGAGCAAGGGCACGACGUUAUUGCGCUGGCGGCUUGCAAGAAAUGCCGUGCCACCACUUCUAGGAAAUCUAAUAGGCGCUAUUCUGCAGUAAAAUGCUCGUCUUUUAUUUGUCGGAUAUCCUCGUUGGAGAAUUGCAUUUUUCUACACUUUGAGUGGCUAAAAACAUGUGAAAAGCAUUCUUCUCUUUUUAAGGACACUCGAAGGACGUAUUUAUGACUGGGUUUCUUCUCGUUUCCUCUCCAGAUUUGUGAUUUGCAUGGUGUUUACAUAAGUCUGGCCACUUGACAGUAACAUCGGUCGCCUAGGGUGGCUACAGACAGUUCGUUUUUUUUUUUUUUUAAACACAAUGGAAGUAUUAUUCAAACAAUUGAGGCAAUGAUGUUUCUUUUCUCAGACCAAGUGGCAUAUCUGAUCAAAUUCAGGAUGAUGCAAGGCCGAAAAGGAAACGUAAUUUAAAAAGUAGGCUAUGUUUUAUUAUUUGAAUAAACGAUCAUCAUGAUGUUUAUUCUUAUCCCACUAACCUGAGUGGUGGAAAUGUAUUGUUCAGUAACGGAACUUUUCUUGCUCUGACAGCAUUGCAUCACCACUGUGGCAAAGGAGUAUCUCUGGAACAAGCACGGAGCACAUCUUUACCCCCCAUUUAUCAGCUUCCCCUUGAUUCUUUGUAUUGUUGUAAAAGGUGCACUAUUUACAGAUGUAUCUCGGACUUGAUGAGCCUGUGCGGGAAUGCCAGUAUAAUCAGAUCUGCACGCGCAACUCGUUACCUAUGGAGACCUUAGGGCUCAAAAAGAAGAAGAUUCCCCGAAGGAAGUGGCAGGUCUUUCCCGGUCGAAAUAGAUUCUACUGUAAUGGAAGGGUCAUGAUGGCGAGGCAGACCGGGGUCUUCUACCUAACCCUAGUCCUCAUCAUGGUCACCAGCGGGCUUUUCUUCGCGUUCGACUGUCCGUUCCUGGCGUCCAACCUGACCCCAGCCAUCCCAGUGAUCGGAGGGGUGUUGUUUUUCUUUGUGCUGGGGAUGCUCUUCAGGGCCAGCUUCAGUGACCCGGGGGUCCUGCCCCGCGCCACGCCCGACGAGGCUGCCGACCUGGAGAGACAAAUAGACGCGGCUAACGGCCCCAGUGGUCCAGGGUACAGGCCGCCCCCGAGGACCAGAGAGGUGGUCAUCAACGGGCAGACGGUGAAGCUCAAGUACUGCUUCACCUGCAAGAUCUUCAGGCCCCCACGGGCCUCGCACUGCAGCCUGUGCGACAAUUGUGUGGAGCGUUUCGAUCACCACUGUCCCUGGGUGGGGAACUGUGUGGGAAAGAGGAACUACCGUUUCUUCUACCUCUUCAUCCUCUCCCUCUCCUUCCUCACUGUAUUCAUAUUCGCCUUCGUCAUCACACACGUCAUCCUGAGAUCCAACCGGACAGGCUUCCUCAGCGCACUCAAAGACAGCCCUGCCAGUGUGCUGGAGGUGCUGGUGUGCUUCUUCUCGGUGUGGUCCAUUGUGGGCCUGUCGGGCUUCCACACCUACCUGAUCAGCUCCAAUCAGACCACCAAUGAGGAUAUUAAAGGGUCGUGGUCGAACAAACGGGCGAAGGACAACUACAAUCCCUACAGCUACGGGAACAUUCUGACCAACUGUUGUGCUGCCCUCUGUGGUCCUCUUCCACCCAGUCUUAUUGACAGAAGAGGCUUCAUCCAGUCAGACACACCCCAGCCUGUGUCACACUCCAACGGAAGCAGCAUGUACGCCGCCACCCAGCUUCACACUCACAUGUGUGACCAAGAGCACUGCAUUCAGAGCACCAAAUUCGUUUUGCAAGCUGCCGCCACCCCCCUGCUCCACAGCAACCCCGUCAUGAUUGGUGGAGGGGGACCCCCUUUCCCUGGGAAGAGUUCCUUGGUGGUCCCCUGUGCCUCCCUGGCCCCCAGCCAGCCCUCCCUGCCCUCCAUGCCCGGGCUGAGCUGUGCAGGGGACAUGUUGACUCUGAGGGACCCAGACACCCACUGCCACCACCAUCACUUUGCCAGCCCUGAGGAAACUCCCUCGCCCUCUGGCCCUAUGCCUCUGACUUUGCCCUGCGCUGCCCACAUGACCCACGGGGGACACAUCCACCCGGCCCAGCUCUACGACCCUGCCAGCCAGGACUCUCUGCACGAGGACUCUGUCAGGGGCCUGGUCAAACUCAGCUCUGUCUGAGACUUGGCCCCACUGCCAUUUCCCCCUGGCUCUUUGGAACCACUAGCCAGACUCUGUUAGUGUGCCAAAUGGCACCCUAUUCCCUAUGUAAUGCACUUCUUUUGAUCAGAGCCCAUGAACUCUGGUAAAAAGUAGUGCACUAUAUAGGGAAUAGGUUGCCAUUUGGGACGCAGCCUCUCCCCUCUCUAUCUCUCCCUCCCUCCACACCCAGGACCAAAGCCAUAUUUCCCCUAACAUUCCACCCGAGCCCUCCCUCCAUCCCACCCAGAUUUGCGCCCCCACCUGUUGAGUUAAGCUAUUCUAGUGCCAAACAGACAGACCCUCAGUCUCCACUGCACCUGACCAGGACCAAAGUCACACUUCUGACUCCCACUUCCUCUUCACAGUAGUAUAGCUGGUGCUCUACCAGGUGUCUACCAGGCCUGGAUGCAGGUUCAGCCUUCUGCCAAAUGUUCAUGACUUGUGCUCUAUUCUCCAAUGACAUGUAGAGGAAAUCACCUACCUAGACCAGGCUGUGUCAUUGUCCGAAAAUGACACUGAAUCUCUCUUCUCUCUCUCAGCUAAAACCUACCAAGGCAGUUGCUGGUGUCUGUGUGACGCUAGUCGCAUUACAUUUUUGUUUUGUUCAAAUGUGAUGCCAAAACAUCAUGACUGCAUCCCAAAUGUCACACUCUAUUUAGUGCACUAUUUUUGACAAGGGCCUAUAGGGCUCUGGCAAAAGUACCGCACUAUAUAGGGAAUAGGUUGCCAUUUGGGAUGUAGAUAAUAUGUAGACUGUGCCAAGAAAUUCUCAUUGACUUCCAGCUUUAUACAUUAAUGCCUGUGGAUAAUUAAUAAAUUCACAUAUUUUUA